UCACCAUUCCUCCCCCUCUAAACCCAUCCAACUUUCCCUACACUACCACCUUAUCAAAUUUCGUAAAACACAAGGGCACUAAGUAAAAUAAAAAAACUCAAGUAGUCGAUAUAUAAUAUAUAAUAUAUAAUAUAUAAUAUGGGAGCUUCCAAAACUAUAAUAAUGUCAGUAAAAAUGAUGUUAAUGUCAACCGGCGUAAUCUCCAUUGCCAUUCUCAUCUCUAUGUCUAUUCCAAACCUCCUUAACUCCGCCACCGGCGCCACCUCUCACCUCCCUUCUCUCUUCUCCACACUUCGCUCUUGGCUUCGGCCUCCCUAUCUUUACUUCAUCAUUAACGCCAUCAUCCUCGCUAUCGCCGCCAUCUCCCGCCUCCACCACCACCACAACCACCCUGCGCCACCACCUCCUACUAAAUCUUCACCACAUCAUCAUCAUCAUGAAGAGUUUCUUCCCCCCUACGAUGUCGUUGAUAAUGUUGUUGGAGGUGGUUACACUCACUACAACAACAACAACGACGUCGUUUCUGUAAAAGAUGUUGAUAAUAGGUCGUUAUUUGUUGAGAGGGAAAUAAAGGUUGUUAAUGAUGAUAGUUUAGUGAUGAAGCAUGUUAUUAGAGAUAAUAAUCAUGAUGAUGAGUUAUUAUUAUCUAAUACGGUGGUUGAGAGGUCCACGUGGAAUCCUCCGCCUUCAUCUACUACGCCGUUGAUUAGACAUACUGCUUUGAAAAAGGCUUCGCCGGAGUUUUCAUCGGAAAGACCGCCGGCGAUGUCGAGAUUUGGUCAUCAUCGUCGUCCGGCUAAACCAGCUCUAGCUGAAGGUGGGAAAGCAUUGAAAGUAUCAAAGCCAAAGAAACAUGAAACUUUAGAGUGCACUUGGAAGGCCAUAACUGAAGGACGACAUAUACCUUUAACAAGACACAUCAAGAAGUCUGACACGUGGGAUAACCACGACCGUCAGAUCGACUUACUCGACGACUCUUUUCCUUUACCAGUGAUGGUUAAGAAAUCUGAGACGUUCAAGGAGCAAACCAAUAGCAUGUCGCCACCUGUCAGUUUAGUGACGACCAAUAAGUUAAAGAAAGAGCCAUCACUGGGUCAAGAUGAGUUGAAUCGGCGAGUUGAAGCGUUUAUUAAUAAGUUUAAUGAAGAUAUGAGAUUGCAAAGACAACAAUCCAUGCAACAAUUUAUGGAGAUGAUUAAUCGUGCUGCUUAAUAUCUUAUUGAAAUAAUUAAGAGGGAAUAUAUUUUAAUGUUAUUGACUUAUUGUGUACAUUAUAAUUACCAGUCUUUAGGGUUUUUAUUCUUUUUAUUUGUCAUUGAUUUUGUUAGAGUAAUCACUUACUAGUCCAUGAGUGAUGAUAUACAGAUUACAUACAAUCUAAGAAAAAAAAAAGAGAAGGUGUGUAAAUCAAAGUUUUUUUUUUUUGAUUUUUUUUUCAUGAAAAAAAGAACAACACUUGUAAUCUUUCUUUCGUGUUUGUAUUGAGAUAAUAUACUUUAUAUUCCUUCUCUUGUAAGUUUUAUCUUUAUAUGCUAAUUGUUAAAUUGGUUUAACGUUUUAAGAGCA